AUGUCCUUCAACUUCGGCUCCGCUGGCACAUCGUCAGGAAGCACUCCUUCGUUAUUCGGUACCGCUGCUUCCAAGCCUGAUGCGAACUCCGGCGGUGGUCUCUUCGGAAAUACAAACAAGACUCCUACAACCACUGGUUCCAUCUUUGGCAAUCCUACUUCUAGCGCUGGUCAAACAACAAGCGCUUUCGGCGCAGCUUCUCCUUCUACACAAACUCCCACUGCUUCUGGUUUCAGCUUUGGUCAACAGGCUCCCGCCCAAGGCAGCAAUCCCACAACUCCAGGUGUCGCUCCUGCGAGCAAUCCUUUCGGUGGUGCUGCUGCUUCAACUGGAGGCCUCUCCUUCGGAAACAACUCGACCACUCCUGCUACCACAAACAAGCCCUUGUUCUCCACAACACCCGCUGGCCCACCCCCAACUCAAUCAACUGGUGGCAUCUUUGGCAGCAAGCCGCUCUCUUUUGGCAAGCCCGAGGAAAAGGCAGCAGAAGCUCCCAAGUCUGCCCCAGCCUUUGGUGCCCCUCUAGGUGGUGGUAACGCAUUUGGAUCAUUCGGAAAGAAGGCCGACGACAACUCUUCCGCUGCUCCUUCGUUGUUCGGCCAGAAGCCUGCAGAUGGCGCUGCUCCUGCAAACAAGCCUAUAUUCAACCUCGGGNGUGCUGCCUCAUCAACUCCCCAGUCUGCCCCUGCCACCACGCCCGCUUUCUCCCUGGGCGGCAACUCCUCAAAACCAGCCUUCUCACUCGGUGGAAACACAUCACAAACCCCUGCUUCUACUCAGCCCGCUUCCGCUACUACAACAUCUGCACCUUCGCUCUUUGGUGGUAUAAGAGGAGGCGGCGNNCCACUUCCCUCUGGUGCUGAUACCCCGGCUACGACCGCCACAUCAACACCUGGCUUAUUCGGUGCUAAGAAGGACGAUGCUACCGAUAAGUCUGCCGCACCUGCUAGUAAUUUAUUCGGCGGUCUAGGCCAGAACAAGGACGCGGCUGACAAGCCUGCCGCAUCUUCCGGUAAUCUGUUCGGAGGUCUGGGUGCUAAGAAGGACGAGACUGCUAAGCCCGCCGCUCCUGCUAACAAUUUGUUCGGAGGCCUAGGUGCUAAAAAGGAUGAUGCUGAAAAGCCUGCUUCUCCUGCUGGCAACCUCUUCGGUGGUCUGGGCGGCCAGAAGAAAGAUGAUGCUGCAGCUGCUCCUACUUCGACAACUGCCACCUCAGGGUCCACUUCUGCUUUCUCACUUGGCGCAAAGCCUGCUGAAUCUAGCACACCUGCCUCGACUGGCGGCUCCGCUUUCAGUCUCAAGCCCGCAGCAACACCAGCUGCAGGCGGCGCUGGAGGAAAUGGUGGCAAUGGUGGCGCCCCACCUGCUGUUGCAGCAGCACCAGCUGCGGGUCCUAACAAUGGCAGCAACAACACUGGCGGACUUGGUAGCGGCGCUACAAACGCAUCAACUUCAGGACCUGCACCUCCUGCUACAUCGCGCCUAAAUUCCAAGUCACUUGAUGAGAUCAUCACACUUUGGACCACUUCUCUCUCGUCGCAUCAAAAGCAAUUCUCAAACCUAGCUACCAAGAUUGGAUCCUGGGACCGCAUGUUGGUCGAAAACAGUGACAAGAUCAGCAAACUGUACAGCCGCACUUUCCAGGCUGAACGCGACACUGCUGAGGUCGAGCGUCAGCUUGCCUCUGUCGAGGGCCAGCAAGAAGAACUUAGCCACUGGCUUGACCACUACGAGCGCGUGUUGAACGACAUGGCCGCCAAGGCUGGUGGUGUUGAUAGUGGCGUCGAUGCUGAGCGUGAGAGAACGUAUGUACAUUCUGAUGACACAUUGAGAAAAUAUAAAGCUAACCAUCGACAUAGUUACCAAACCGCUGAGCGCUGCUCUGCUCGCCUGACUACAAUGUCUCACGACCUGACUUCGAUGAUCGACGAGAUUAACCUUGCAUCCACCAACCUCUCCAAGUCAUCCAAGACUGCCGAGUCAGAUCCUCUUUCUCAGAUCGUCCGUGUGCUCAAUGCACAUCUCGGCCAGUUGCAACAAAUCGACGUUGGUGCUGAGCAACUCAGACAAAAGGUGGAAAGCGCACAAAAGGAGGUCCGCGGCUUCGGCGGCAGAGGGGCAUCUGAUGAGGGCGUUGAGGGCUUCAUGAGAAGCUUGAGGAGAUAA